GGGUUGUGCAGUUUAAUUGGCUCCUUCGCUGAGCGGAGCUGCAGAAGUCGCUGCCGGACUCUUGGAGAGGAGCAGCGGUGUACCUCGUGUCUCUCUGCGGUGUUCUGCCGGGUUUUUGAGUGCUGGCCUCGACUGGUCAGCUCGGGUGUCUCGGUGUGUGUGCGAGGUCGUAGAGCGAACGGCUGUAGAGAGAAGCGCAUCGCUGACAAAGAGAAGGCAGAGAAGAAGAGCCUGCCAUUUAACGUAACCCACAAAUGGCUGUGACGCAGGAGAAAUGUCAGGCUGACGUGAAGAAAAUGGCCAAAGUUAAAGAGGAGCAGGUGGAGGAUUAUGAGUGGGCCUCCGUCUGCAUCAGUCAGGACAGUCCCUCCAUUAAGGAGGAAGAUUGUGAAUUGGGGUUAGUAGUCAUUAAAGAAGAGCCCGAGGAGGAGUCUGUCACAGGUGGCACUGCGAGACACGAGAGUACAGGCCAGGUCAAGUCGGAGCACUGUCCAGAUGGAUUAGUCUCUUCUCAAAGCUCAUCUUUGGAACCAUGGGUCAGUGUAAAGCAUGAGCCACUGAUGCCCGGUGUAAAAAGAGACGAGGAAAUAUCAUUGGGGAGAACCAUAGAAGGACAACUAGCAUUUUCAAAUCAAGCUGAUGAAGAUUUACAAGAGGAUUGCAGCUUGCCCCCGUCUUUACAUACUCUGCAGUGCAAACCACAACAGACAGUACAUCAUGAAAAUUUGAAGAAUUUGACAUCGGGAUCAGAGAGCUGGACACCACAGUGCGGUCCUCUGCCUGUUCCAAUCCUAAGCGGGAUAGAUGCCAUCAGCAUCCAGCAGCAGGUGCACAAUACAAGCUUAGUGGCUCUGUCUCUGUGCAAAGAGGUGAGGAAAAUGUUUAACCGCGAAUCUGAAUGUAGCAAUACAAGACAGAAGUCGUACUGCUGCUCUGAAUGUGGCAAGCAGUUUUCACAGAAGAGAUAUUUUCAGAGACACACAAAAAUCCACAGUCGGGAGAAGCCAUAUUGUUGUGCCGAAUGUGGUGAACAGUUUUCACGGGUGAACCACCUUCAGAGUCACUCAAAAAUUCACACUGGAGAGAAACCCUAUACCUGUCCCGAAUGCAGCAAACAAUUUUCAUACCGGAGCCAUCUCCGGACCCACUCCAGAAUUCACACGGGAGAGAAGCCGUACUGUUGUUCCGAAUGUGGGAAACGAUUCUCCCGAAUGAGCCACCUUCGGAGCCACACAAGAACUCACACUGGAGAGAAGCCGUUUGGAUGUUCCGAAUGCGGCCAGCGAUUUUCACAGAUGAGCUCCCUUCAGAGCCACAAAAGGAUUCACACCGGAGAGAAACCAUACGGCUGUACGGAGUGCGGCAGGCGAUUCUCUGACAGGAAAUGUUUCCUGAGUCACACGAGACUUCACACCGGGGAGAAGCCAUAUCAUUGCCCUGAAUGUGGCAAACAAUUUGCUGAUGGUAAAGGCCUGCGGAGGCACCGGAGAAUUCACACGGGAGUGAAGCCCUAUUGCUGUACAGAGUGUGAGAAAAGAUUCUUUGACAGCAAAAGUCUUCGGAGUCACGUGAGGAUUCACACGGGAGAGAAGCCUUACUGCUGUACCGAGUGUGGAAAAGGAUUCAACCGAAGGCACCAUCUUAAGAAGCACAAACGAGUUCACAUGAGACAGGAAGAAAGCAGGAGGAGUGAAGCAGUAAGUGAGGUUUGUGUGUAAUGCUAAUUCUCCAGAGCUCUUGGGUCCUAAUGAGCAUUGGGCUUCAUUGCCGAAGUCUCAUUGACGAGGAAAGUGGGUUUUAUAGUAUUAAAAAGGAUCUAAGAAACAAACUCCUUCAGUUUGAGCAGAGUGGUACCCACCAGCCAUCUCAGCACUAGAGUACACGAUGGUGGUACCAUUAGUGUGAAUCUCCAAAGAAUAAGACAGCCUAUACUCUGGUGUCAAGUCAGAUUUCCAGUGCUGCUGGUCCAUUAAAAUAGAAAAGGCAUGGCAACUGAGAAAAACUGAAGAAAUGAUCGGUUAUAUUGCUACCAUAACUGAUGAUGAGCUUCCAAACUGAAGAAUAUGCCAGGAAGGCUGAUACUAAACUGAAAUCCAGAAAGAAAUUCCAGUGUCCGAACUGAAUGGGAUAAUUGACACUAAUUAAGCUCUAUAAUUGGAGCAAUUAAAGUAAAUAAGGAAGUCAGUAGAGCUUCGAACAACAAGAAGUAGAAAAUAGAAGUGGAGACAAGGAAAGGAGGAAGGUUCUGCUGUAAUGAAUUUUGGGCAACGUCAAGUCAUUACUGGCCAUUACUCAUCUGUGUGUCCUGCAAAUCGCCUUCCCUAAAUA